CUUUAUGCGCAUCUCUAAUUUUAGGAUUUUUCUCUAAAUUCAAAAGUGUGCACACACCCGCUCAGUGGCUCUCAGUGGCAGCCACUUCUUUUUUUGUGAAAUAUUUUUGUUUGUCGUAAUAUUCGGAGAACCAUUGCGUUUUCAACUAAAUUCAGGUAUCAGUUCCGCUCUUAGAGCCUCUCGUCGGUCAGGUGACCGCCGCCACUACCAAGUGAAACAGUAGCCACCAAAAAUUAGCUGCGCAAAACUAAACACACACAACCAAUCCAAUCCACUCCAACGCAACGCAACGUCGUCGUCGUCCAAUUAGCGGAGCGGACCCCUCGUUAAAACUGCGCUGUGCAAAUGGCCGUUGGCACUUGUCGGACGGGGGAAUAUACUAGACACUAGGAUAAACGAUGGACGAUCUGUCGCAGGGCGACAUAUGUCGCGUGUGCCGCUGCGAGGCGCAGCCGGAUCGGCCGCUCUUCUAUCCAUGCAUCUGCACGGGCAGCAUCAAGUACAUCCACCAGGACUGCCUGAUGCAGUGGAUGCGCUACUCGCACAAGGAGUACUGCGAGCUGUGCGGCCAUCGGUUCAGCUUUCAGCCCAUCUAUGCCCCGGAUAUGCCGCGCGUGCUGCCCGUCAAGGAUGUGCUGGUGGGUCUGAUGUCCGCCGUGCUGGAGGGCGCCCGCUGCUGGCUCCACUACUCGCUGGUGGGGCUCGCCUGGUUCGGACUGGUGCCGCUCUCCGCCUACCGCACCUAUCGCUAUCUGUUCCGGGCCAACUCCUUUGACAUGAUCCUCUCGCUGCCGUUCGACAUCUUCUCCAUGGACAAUCUGCCGUCGGAUGCGUUUCGUGGCUGCUUCGUCGUCACCUGCACGCUGCUCUCCUUCAUUGGCCUCGUCUGGCUGCGGGAGCAGAUCCUGCAUGGCGGCGGACCCGAUUGGCUGGAACGCGACGAUGCCCCAGCGGCCGCUCAACCCGCUGCUGCUGCUGCUGCGGCGGCCGCUCCAGCUCAGGCGGCAGCCGCUCCGGCCGAUGCGGCAGCGGCAGCGGCUGCUGCUGCCGCCGCCCAGGAUGACAACAACAAUGGAGAGGCGCCGCAGGAUGUGCCCAUGGACAAUGCAGCACCCGCUCCGGCGGAUAACGAAGGCGAUGCCCACGGCGCAGCCGGAGAUCCGGCAAAUGCAGCUGCAGCUGCAGCUGCCGCCGGGAAUGCGGGCGAAGCCGAGGCCGAUGAACAGAACUGGAACCCCAUGGAGUGGGAUCGGGCAGCCGAGGAGCUCACCUGGGAGCGCCUGCUGGGACUGGACGGGUCGCUGGUGUUUCUGGAGCACGUCUUCUGGAUCAUUUCGCUCAACACGAUGUUCAUCUUUACGUUCGCCUUCUGUCCGUAUUGCGUGGGCAACUUCAUACUGAGCUCGAUGGACCUGCUGCAGCCGGAGAAGCCACUGCUGCACUUCCAUGGCCUGAUCACGACCCUCUUUGGCUACUGCUGCAUCGGUCUGACGCUGGUGGUGCUGCACUUUCUGGCCCGCAUCUUUCGCAUGCGUCGCGUCUGCUGGUUCAUCGGCCUCUGCUACAUUGUGGUGAAGGUCUCGCUGCUCUCUGUGGUGGAGAUUGGCGUGCUGCCGCUCGUCUGUGGCUGGUGGCUGGACAUUUGCUCGCUGCCACUGCUCGAUGCCAGCCUAAAGGAUCGCAAGGCGAGCUUCAAGGCGGCACCGGGCACCUCACUCUUCAUCCACUGGAUGUUUGGCAUGGUCUAUGUCUACUACUUUGCCGCGUUCAUCUCGCUGCUGCGCGAGGUGCUGCGUCCGGGCGUCCUCUGGAUCUUUCGCAAUGUCAACGAUCCCGAUUUCAGUCCCAUUCAGGAGAUGAUCCAUGUGCCCAUUGUGCGGCACAUUCGUCGCCUGGUGGCCUCCGCCAUGAUCUUUGGCUUUGCUGUCCUGCUGAUGCUCUGGCUGCCCAUUCGCAUUUUACAGGUGGCCUGGCCCAAUUUCCUGCCCUAUGCCCUGAGUGGAGAUGCGGAGGUCAAUGAUUUGAGUCUACAGCUGUUGCUGCUGCAGAUUGUCCUGCCCGGAUUCUUUGAGCAAACCCAAACGCGCAUCUGGAUGAAGGGUGUGCUGCGCAUCUGGUGCACGGCCGUGUCCUGGCUUUUGGGCAUACGCAGCUACCUCUUGCCGGCUCCGGAGCCCGAGCCGCCAGCCGCUGCCGAAGGCGAGGGCGAGGGCGUGGAUGGGGCGGCCGUCGAGAAUGCCAAUCCGCAUGUGGUCCCGCCACAGGCACCACCACCACCGCCGCCGCCGCCACCUGUGGAUCCGUUCCCCAUACAUCUGCCGCGAAAUCUGGCCGCCGCCCAUCAGGCGAUCAUGCAGCGGGACGCCCCGGUGGGCUUCCAGCCGUACGAGAAGCCCACUCUCUUCGCCUUCCGCCUGUGCGCGCUGCUGACGCUGAUGUGCCUGUCGAUUGUCUGCGCCGCCAUACUGACUCUGACGGUGCCCGUGUACAUUGGCCGCCGCCUGAUGGUGCUCUGGACGGGCCAGCCGGGCGAGAAGGCAGCUGCUGCUGCUGCUGCUGCACCGCCCGCGGGAGAAGGCGGCGCCGCACUGCCCGUUGUCGACGCGGAGGCGGCCAGGAAGAACGAGCGACUGCUGCGCGCCCACGAGCUGUACACCGCGGAGAUUGGCGGCUACCUUUGCUGGAUUGUGCUGCGAGGAGUGGCCGUGGUGGCCACCCUGCUGCCCCAGGGACGCACCGCGAUUGUGAACAAACUGAAGCAGUGGGCCACCGUCACGCUGCAGUAUGCCCUGCCCGUGAUCACGCUGGUGGGCAUUUUCGUGCUCGUUCCCCUGCUCUUCGGACUGCUGCUGGAGCUGGUGGUGGUGAUACCGCUGCGCGUGCCACUGCGCAAGACGCCGAUACACUUCCUGUGGCAGGACUGGGCGCUGGGCAUGCUCUACACCAAGAUAGCCAUUGCUCUGACCCUCAUGGGGCCCGAGUGGCAUCUGCGGCGUGCCCUGGAGCGCGCCUACACGGACGGACUGCGAGAUUUCGACCUGAAGUUCGUGAUGCGCGACCUGGCCGUGCCGGUGGUGACAACCUUUGGCCUGGCCCUGGCCAUACCCUAUGUGAUGGCGCAGAUGGUGCUGCCCAUGUUCUUUGUGGAUCGCUAUACGCGCCAGUACAUCUAUCGGCUGGUCUAUCCCGUCAGCUUUGUCGUCGUGGGCACCAUCUGUUUCGUUCUCUUCCAGAUCAAGCAACUCAAGAAGCUCUAUCUGUCGAUCAAGGUGGACAAAUACCUGGUGGGGCAGCGGCUGGUCAACUACGAGAAUCGCAAGAAGCAGCAACAGCAGCAGCAGGAGGAGGAGCAGAAGGCGCGCGAGCUCAAGGAGCGCAGGGACAAGGAAAAGGAGCUGGUGGCGAACAUACUGGGUGUGGAUAUGGCUGGUGUGCCCGAGGAGUAUGCCGAUCUGUACGGUGGCAUUGACGAGGAGCCCGAUCAGGCGGGCGUCUUUGCACGCAUGCGGAGGCGCGAUCAACUGCCACGCCCCGCACCGCUCGCCGAUGCCAACGAGGAGCUGCUCUAAUGAAGCGCCGCCGCGCUGUGUAUAUCUCACCAAGAGGCAGAAGAAGACGACGAAAGAUCUGACAAGCAAAUCUUCAAUUGAAAUAUACGACAAAUUUCCCUUUAAUUUCCUGCUUUGCGUUCCAAGCCCCCCGCGCCGCACACGUUUUUUUUUCGGUUUAGUUAAACUUUCGUUAUGGUUAGAUUUUUAUGUGUUAGCUGCAAUUGUUGUUGAACCCGAGACUCGAGACUCUAGGAAGGGUCUAGGAAGGGUCUUCCCCCACCCCCCCAUUGACCGUGUGUCGCUUCUAGAACCUAAGUUGUAUCAUACUUUAAGACAUACAAGAAAGAAAA